AUGUUCCGUAUACGUCUAGUAAAGCAUAGCACUGAACCGGGGAGCUCGACAGCGAAUGAUUUGCUUUCAAUAUUGAUGGUGGUCUUUGAAUCGUCCUCGGCAAUUCUUACGACAGUCAGAAGCGCGCAGGCCAUAAGAGGCAACGGCGCACCGUGGUAUGAGCAGAAGAAAAGCUUCUUCUACCUGGUAUUAGAGCAAGGUGUUCUAUAUUUUUGUAUUGUAUCCCUCAUAACUCUGGCCGCCGUCAUCCUGAACUUCCGUGCAACGGGAUUUUUCCAGCGGCUCCUGAACGCGCUCCUUUUGCCGCUCUCCGGACUACUGACCGCUCGUUUCCUUCUACACUUGCGAGAAUGGGAACGGCGAUCAGAAUUUGUCGCAGACGGUACGAAGUCGAACGCGGGAGAAGAAAGAAAUCAAGAGCUCUCUGAGUUCGAAGUUGCACGGCGAACGGUCAACUCCCUGGUAGACGACUUUGGCGCGGAUCCUGUCAUUCGCGAACAAAAUAGGGAUAUCGAGGCACUCGACAUACCCAUGGCGACUCAGCGCAAUUUUCCUGGAGAUUCUGAGGAAGACAUGGCCGUCAAAGUGAUGUCUGUCAAGGAAGGCAAGAGGCGAAUGGUUGUGUAG